AUGAUGUUCAUGAACAAAGAGUCUGACCCAAUCCUAUGCCGCACCUUCCCCACCUUCUUUGAUGGAGCCACCCUAAUCUGGUUCCCUAACCUCCCUGAAGACUCCAUUUCCAACUUCAACGAGCUAACCGACCAGUUCGUCAACCAUUUUGCCGCAUCCAAAGUAUAUGUGCACAACUCUGAUUAUCUGAGCACCAUAAAGCAAGGGGCGAACGAAAGCCUGAAGGACUACAUGACCAGAUUUGCUGAAACAACCAAUGAGAUACCCAACUUAAAUCCGGAAGUCCACCUUCAUGCCAUAAAAAGCAGCCUCUGGUCCAAGAAGUUCCAAGAGACCAUAGUCAUAACAAAACCAAAAACCCUAGCCGAAUUUCGAAAGAAGGCAACAACCCAAAUCGAAAUUGAAGAACUCCGAGCACUGUGA